AUGCAGAUGUCUUUGGGGGUGUGUGGAGAUAAACAGCUUGGCCCCAAGGGCCAGCUCCUGUCUCCUAUGCCACAGGGCCACACGUCUCUAGCCAAGAGCCCCCGUACCUCACGAGCUGCGCUUGCACCCCUGUCUCCCACGAUGUCACCCACCUUCCCAGGAAUCCUGGUCACCUGCCUGCUGCUCUCAGGCCUGGCACAAGGCCAGGAGGAGGCCCCUGCUCCCCCCCAUGCCAGGAGCUCCUGCCCUCAAGGCUCUGCCUUCCAUGGCUCCUACUGCUAUGGCAUACUGUUCACUAACGAUACCUGGGACGCUGCCGAGCUGCUGUGCCAGGACUAUUUCUCGGGCCACCUGCUGUCCCUGCUCAAUAAGGCCGAGGCCUCCUUCGUGGCCACCAUGGUCACCGAGAGCAGGCCUGGUCAGAAGCCUUUUUGGAUUGGCCUUCGGGACUACAGUGAGAAUGGUCGGUGGAAAUGGAGCAGCAACACCCUCUUAAUCUACCAAGCCUGGGACACUGACGCUCCCAAGAAUGACCAACCCAACUUCUGUGCCGUCCUGACUCCUGAAUCUGGAUUCCAGAAAUGGAGAAAUGAAUCCUGCGACAAAAAAUACAAUUUUCUCUGCAAAUUCAAAGCCUAGAGGAGAUAAGUGUGAACAAAGAGUGAGGAUUCUGCAGUCUGGAGCCAAACGUGUACCCUGGGGACCCUGACUGAAGUCUGCCUUCCCAGAAAUCCUUCUUCCUCUCCCCUACAUCCCUUCUCUCUUUUGAAAUGUCCUUCAUGUCUUCAUUUCUCUUCCUCCUCUCACUUACAUUCCUCCUGGGGCUGUCUGGCCUGGGGUCCUGGCAAGAAUAAACCAU